GGCGGAUAGGAGAACGGCCGGAGGGGCCCGAGUCCCCCAGGGGAUAAAAUCCUGCGUGGGAUUAGGGUACCUCCGGUCAGUGGCGGUUAUAACUGGUCUUCCAGGUGUAAAACCCUGCGUGGGGUCAGGAAGGCCGCUACCGCGGACCAGCUCCCUAAGCCAAGCUGUAAGCUAUCGUGGCGAUGGCUGCGUGGCACUGAGGGAGCAGUGUCUUGAACGAUGCCUCUGGGGCACCAGGCGACACCCCAGAGUAAUAGCCUUACCCACGCAUGCGGGGCUCUGUGUGGGCGGACCUGUCGUUCCCUAGCUACUCGUGGGAACUACAUGGAUUUCGAAAAAUUAAAAGACGUAGUGACGGAGAUGGAGGGCUCGCAGUGCGAGACCUUCAGUGCGGAGGCAGCGGAGGGGGUUGCGGACGGGGCCCAUCUGGGCUCUAGAGGCGCCACCGCCGUCGGCUCCGGCACACAGACGGAGACGGUGGGUGCGGAUGGGGCCCUUUCGGGCUCCGGAGGCGCCACCGCCGCCGUCUUAGAGAAAAGCUCCGCGCCAGCGGCGGGCCCUCUUGGCAAGAGGAACCGCUCCGGUGCGGAGAAAAGGAGGGCCAAACGAGAACGAGAGAGGGCUCAGUGCGGGACCUCCUCGGGCAUCGUGGCCCCCCCAGUAGCUACGCCGAGGGAGAAGGAGGGGCACGCCAGCGGCAAACGCCGGAAGAGCCCCACGGACACUCCCCCUUCGGCGGAAGGACCCGCUAAGAAACAUAGGGCUCAACGCACUGGGACCUAUGCCGAGGCGGUGGACCCUUUAACAAGGGUUAUCAUCCCCGAGGGUUAUCCCGAGGAGGAAAUCACCGCUGAGCGGCUGGCUCUCCUGAAGCUGGCCGUCAGCAGGGCAAUCAGUGGGAUCCGAGAAGGGCCCAUACCAUGCUUCCGUCGUACCUUCCUUAGGGGAGGGGCCGCGGUAAUUUUAGGCAGGGAUGAGGCGUCCCUAGUCUGGCUCGCUGACCAGAUGGGGAGCAUCUCUCCCUGGGAAAACGCCAAGCUCAAGGUGGUGGGCCCGGAGGUGCUUCAAAGGCAGCACAGGGCCGUGGUCUGGGUCCCGGGGGCUCCCGAUGAACCGGCCGCGGUCCUGGAGCGGCUGGAGAGGCAGAAUCCUGGGCUCAGCACCGGGAGCUGGAAAAUCAUGGCUGAGAACGUAGGGGCUACCAGGGAUGGUAGGAACCUGGUUCUCAGGAUUCCAGAAUCCAGCGUCCUCAAGCUGAAGGCGCUGGACUUUAAGCCCUACCUUGGGCUCGACCAAGUCACCUUCAAGGUGAGCGGGGCCCAAGGCGGGGAUAGGGAAGGCGAGAAGCGGCCCCCUAUGGACGAAUCGUAAAGUUCGAUCGUCCCGGGGUGACCUUUACUCAAAUUAACUUGCACCACAGCAAAGGGGCCUCGGCGAUUCUGUCGAGGAAACAAGCUGCGGCGCACACAGCCAUCUCACUGAUACAAGAGCCUUGGCUUGUCCGGGGCCGUAUCAAUGGCGUGGCAGCAUGCGGGAGGUUAUUUAAGCCUCCAACAGCCGAAAAGCCCAGAGCCUGCGUAGUAGUGAAGGGCGUUGACGCUCGACUAAUCCCGCAUUUAUGUUCCAGAGAUGUGGUGGCGGUCGAGCUCGAUGUCGCCGAUUCCCUGGGAAGCAGGAGGAGGGUGGUGGUGUGCUCCGCGUAUUUUCCCCAUGACGAGGGGGCCCCACCGCCGCCGGAACAGGUGACCAGACUGGUAGAGUACUGCCAGAGUGAGCGGCUUCCCCUGAUAGUGGGUUGCGAUGCUAACUCGCACCACACGGUCUGGGGUAGCACGGAUACCAACGAUAGAGGUAGGAGGCUGUUAGAAUUUCUAGCGUCGACGGAUCUGGAGAUUCUCAACAGAGGUGUAUAUCGAGGGACGUGGUCGGAUGGAGGGUCUCGCGUGAACCUUCACUGUCAGACCAUAGGCAAAUCACCUUCAAGCUGGCCUGGGCUAGAGGUGAAGUGACGACGUUCAGGG